GUUUUUUUUUUAUUGAAUUGCUUUCUCCUUGGUUCUUUUUCUCAACCCGUGAAAUAGAACAAAAGUGAAGCUAACGAACAAGAUGUCGUUCUUUCGCAAGGUUUUCUUUCUGCUGUUGAUAGUGAAUGCUGCCUUUCUUGGGUAUGAUCACUAUCAAGGAGGACAAAUUGCCACGAACUUGGUUCAGAAUGCCAAAGAACUCAACGCUGUCAAAAUCCAAGCUCAUGCUCAGCGUGUGAUUACCGAAGUCAAGUCGGCCAAUCCUGAAAAGAUUGCCAAUCUUGUCAAUAACGCCUUUGCCCAGUUGAAAAACAUCAACUCUCCUUCCGAUAUUCUCGACUUAUUGCGUAGCCAAACGGGAUCGCUUGCGUCUUAUACUGUCACUGAAGAAGGCAAUGUCGUGGUGCUUACUGAUAAGAAUUUCAAGCAUGUUAUCGAUGGCAGCAAACCUGCCUUGGUCGAGUUUUAUGCACCCUGGUGUGGUCACUGCAAAAAGCUCGCUCCUAUCUACGAACAACUGGGAGAAGCAUUUGCCCACGCCAAGGAUCAGGUUGUGAUUGCGAAAUUGGACGCUGAUAACUACCGCGAUGCUGCUGGCGAGUUCAAUAUCCGUGGCUUCCCUACUUUGAAGUGGUUCCCCGAGGGUGUCUCCACUGUCGAAGGUGUUGAAGAUUAUGCCAGCGGACGCGAUCUUGAAUCACUCUCAAAGUUUGUUCAAGAAAAGUCAGGCGUUCGUCCUCGUAUCAGAGCCCAGAAGUCCGAUGUUACUGUUUUGACCAGCAAAAACUUCCAUGAAGUCGCUUUGAAUCCGAAGAAAGGUGUUCUUGUUGAAUUCUAUGCUCCUUGGUGCGGUCAUUGCAAAAACCUCGUCGCUUCCGCAUUUGCCAAUGAACCCACUUGCGAAGUCGCGAAAAUUGAUGCAGAUUCCGAACGUGACAUUGGCGGUGAAUUUGAUAUCUCUGGUUUCCCUACGAUCAAGUUCUUUGCGGCUGGUGCAAGCGACCCUAUUCCUUAUGAGGGUCCUAGAACCGAGGCUGGAUUUAUUGAUUUCUUGAAUAAGCACUGCGGUACCAAGCGAGUUGUUGGUGGCGGACUUGAGAGCACUGCUGGCCGCAUCCAGGAAAUGGACAAACUUGCCAUCAAGUUUAUGACGGAGUCCAACAAAGACGCACGUACGACUAUUCAUUCCGAAGCUGAAGCUGCUGCGAAAGGAAUUCAGGGCCGAUAUGCUAAAUAUUACGUGAAGAUCAUGGAGAAAAUCUUGUCUCUUGGCGACAUUUUCCUUGUUUCUGAGAAGGCACGCUUAGACAAGAUUGCUAAAUCCAACACAGUCACCAGCAACAAGCUCGAUGAUUUCGCCAUUAGACAGAAUAUUCUGGCUGUAUUCGAUAAAAAGGCUACCCCUGUCGCAGAAUAAGAUGUAAAUAAAAAAAUUCGAUUACCUCUGGUGCUCGUUGUGUCUUAUCCCGGCAAGCGCUCAUUUUUGAUACAGAGGCAAGAUUACUGUAAGCUUCUAAUACAGCUGCACCAUAUACAAAGAUGUUUUAGAGGUGCAACCGCCUGAUAUUUCUUACAAUUUUGAGUUUAGCGAAC